CACUUCCUUGCCGGAGUCCACGGAGCUCGCGGCUGAACGGUCAUGGCGUUACUGGAUGUGUGCGGAGCGCCCCGGGGCCAGCGGCCGGACUGGGCUGCCCUGGCUGGGGGAAGCGGGCAUGGCUCGGACCCUGGACACUACAGUUUCUCCGCGCAAGCUCCGGAGCUCGCGGUCCCCCCGGGAAUGCAGCCCACUGAAUUUCUGAGGUCCUUCGGUGGUGACCAAGAAAGGAACGUUCAGAUUGAGAUGGCCCAUGGCACUACCACGCUGGCCUUCAAGUUCCAGCACGGAGUCAUUGUAGCCGUGGACUCCAGGGCCUCUGCAGGGAGUUACAUUGACACCUUGAGGGUGAACAAGGUGAUUGAAAUCAACCCUUACCUGCUUGGUACCAUGUCUGGUUGUGCCGCAGACUGUCAGUACUGGGAGAGGCUCUUGGCCAAGGAAUGCAGGCUGUACUAUCUGCGGAACGGGGAGCGCAUCUCUGUGUCAGCCGCUUCAAAGCUGCUCUCCAACAUGAUGUGCCAGUACCGGGGCAUGGGUCUGUCCAUGGGGAGCAUGAUCUGUGGCUGGGACAAGAAGGGACCAGGACUGUACUAUGUGGACGAGAACGGGACUCGGCUCUCUGGACAGAUGUUCUCCACCGGCAGCGGGAACACCUACGCCUAUGGGGUCAUAGACAGUGGAUACCGGCCUGAUCUCAGUCCUGAAGAGGCCUAUGACCUUGGCCGCAGGGCCAUUGUUCACGCCACCCACAGAGACAGCUAUUCUGGAGGCGUUGUCAACAUGUACCACAUGAAGGAGGACGGCUGGGUCAAAGUGGACAGUUCAGACGUCAGCGACCUGCUGCACAAGUACCGAGGGGUCAGUUCGUGAAGGUGGCACUGCCGGGCAGACCUCCUCUGGUGAACCUGGUGGACACAGGAACCUGAAACCAGCUUUAGUCCCAGGAAAAGGAGGGGCUCAACCUGGGUCAGAGGCAGAGAAAGUUCUGGGGCCAGUGGAGAUGGGCAGAGUUCUCUGUUUCAGUGAGCACCCCCACCCCUGGGUACCCUCUAAGUACAAUAAAGGAAAACGGUUAUA